UAGAGAAGCGCCCGGUUAGGGUAGGGAGGAGGGCUCCCCGAAACUGGCUGUCCCGGGCAGGCCCGGCUGACCCGCGCCUGGGAGGAGCCCCGCGUCCCGUCGCGCCUGCCCCGGGCUGGCUGCGUGUGCGUCGGGAGUCGAGCCGCCGCGCGCACCAGGAAGUGACUCUCCCCAGCGGCAGCGAUCCAGGCCGGCCGCUGGCUUUUACUUGGCCGCCUCAGGUGUUUCUGUGGUUGGCAGGGAUUAAAAGAAGAGUCCCAAUGCAUAGUCCAAGAUGUUUCCUCUCCAGGGUGGGUCUCCUCCCCAAACCAGGAUCACUCCCCUGGUGUGCCACUAAGCCUCCGUGUUUGUCACAGCCCUUUCUGGGCUCAGCAUGUGAGGGAAACUUCACCGACGUGAUACCCAAGAAGUGUCAAAGAGGACAGAAAAGUCAGAAGAAACCAAGCCGUGUUGGACCACUUGAUGGUUCCUGGCAAGAAAGGCUGGCUGAUGUUGUGACGCCACCCUGGAGGCUGAGCUAUGAGGAACAGCUCAAGGUGAAAUUUGAAGCUCAGAAGAGAAUUUUACGGAGACUAGAGUCUUACCUCCAAAAGCUCAAUGGAGUCAAUGUGACAACAUCUGCACCCAGAGCUGAGGGGCUCUCUUGUCUUCUCCAUCCUAUUACACCCUCUCCUGUCAUCAAUGGCUACUGAAAUAAGUCCACCUUUUCUGUGAACCGAGGUCCAGAUGGCAAUCCGAAGACUGUGGGGUACUACCUGGGAACUUGGAGAGACAGAAGCAUCGUCUGUGUAUGGUCUAACCAUCUGAAAAACAUCCCUGAGAAACACAAUCAAGUGGCACAGUACUAUGAAGUAUUCCUUCCACAGUACCCAGUGGAGCCCUGCCUUCUGUUCCAUGAAGGUGGGUACUGGCGUGAGCUCAUAGUCCGCACGAAUAGCCAAGGGCACACAAUGGCCAUCAUCACUUUCCAAACCCAGGAAUUAAGACAGGAGGACCUCAAUGUUCAGAAGGAGGCUGUCAAGAAGUUUUUCACCACUGGGCCAGGAGCAGUCUGUGACUUGUCAUCACUUUACUUCCAGGAAAGCACUAUGAUGCGUUGCAGCCAUCAGCAGUCCCCCUAUCAGCUCCUAUUUGGGGAACCCCACCUCUUUGAAGAUCUCCUGGGCUUGAAGAUCUGCAUCUCUCCAGAUGCCUUUUUCCAGAUCAACACUGCUGGUGCAGAGGUGCUAUAUCGGACAGUGCGGGAGCUGAGCGGAGUGAACUCUAACACCAUCCUCCUUGACAUCUGCCGUGGAACUGGUGUGAUUGGUGUCUCUCUGGCUCAGUAUGCCUCGCAGGUCCUUGGGAUUGAGUUGGUGGAACAGGCAGUAGAAGACGCCAGGCGGACUGCAGCCUUCAAUGGCAUCACCAACUGUGAAUUUCACGCUGGUCGAGCAGAGAAGAUUUUACCACAGCUACUAAAGUCAAAGGAAGAUGGGCACUUCAUUGUUGCUGUGGUGAACCCAGCCCGGGCGGGACUGCACUAUCAGGUGGUUCAAGCCAUUUGAAACUGUAGGGCUAUCUGCACACUGAUUUUUGUUUCCUGCAAGCCCCAUGGUGAAACCACAAGGAACAUCAUUGAGCUGUGCUGUCCUCCAGACUCUGCUAAGAAGCUUGUUGGUGAGCCUUUUGUCCUGAGAAAAGCUGUGCCUGUGGAUCUCUUCCCCCACACCCUACACUGUGAGCUGGUGCUCCUCUUCACUCGAUAAGCCACCUCCUAUGGGAUGCAGGUUGUUUAUUUUUUAUUUUUUAAAGAUUUUAUUUACUUGAGGGAGAGCGAGUGAGCACAAGUGGGAUCAGCAGCAGAGGGAGAGGGAGAAGCAGACUCCCCGCUGAGCAGGGAGCCCGAUGCAGGGCUCGAUCCCAGGACCCUGAGAUCAUGACCUGAGCCAAAGGCAGACGCUUAACCGACUGAGCCACCCAGGUGCCCCUGCAGGUUGUUUAUUAAGGCUGGAAUUUUAGUACCUUCCAGGUCUGGCAUCUUGCUACAUUGCAGUUCCUGAGAGCAUUAUUGGAGAAACCAACCUUUGGAUCUCAAGCAGGAAGAAUAUACAGGUGCCCCUUGAACAACAUGGGUUAGGGCUGCUGACCCCCCUACACAGUCGAAAAUCUACCUGUAACUUCUGACUCCUCAAAAACUUAACUGCUAUUAGCCUGCUGUUGACUGGAAGCCUUGCUGAUAAUAGAACCAGUGAAUUAACACAGAUUUUGUAUGUCACAUGUAUUAUAUACUGUAUUCUUACAAGAAAGGAAGCUAGAGAGAAUAAAAUGUUAUUGAGAAAAUACAUUUGCUGUAUGGUAUUUAUUGAAAAAAAAUCUGUGUAUAAGUCCGUCUGCACAGUUCAAACCUGUGUUGUUCAAGGGUCAACUAUAGCAGGCCUUCUAUCUGAUACAGAUUUAUAACCUUAGUUUUCAGGUUCCCUUGCUCUCACAGAUGUUGGCUUGGUUGUGGCCACUCCUCAGCCCUAGAUCUAGACUGUUCUUUCCUAUUGCUGUCAGCCUGUCAUGGCUCCCUUGGUCCUAGUUCAGUCUAAUCUCCUCUGUCUGACUGUGUGGUGUGGAGACAAUAUAACUAAGUUUUUCUCUGCAGCUGGUAAUAAUAACACAUUGACUUGGGUCUCUGUAUUUGCUGAGAGAUUUUGGUAGAUAUGUCUGCAUUCCUUAAGUGGCCAAGGAUUAGAACUAGAAACAAAUCUAGCUUUUUUUUUUUUUCAAGAUUUUAUUUAUUUAUUUGACAGAGAGAGAGAGAGUGAGAGAGGGAACACAAGC